GACGUCACUGGCGGCAGUCAUGGCGGCCCCGGUGGAGGAGGAGGAGGAGAUGAAGGUCCGGGGGAGGCCGAGGCUGACAGACACAGACCGGGCUCGGCGGCGGCUGGAGUCCCGGAAGAAGUAUGACUGCCGGCGGGUGUACCUGGGAGAGGCGCACGGAGCCUGGGUACUGAGGAGGGAGCAGGGCGGCCACGGGGAGCUGUGGAGCGAUGCCAAGCUGGCAGCACAUCUACUGGGACUGGAGAGACACGGGAAACCCAUUGAGGAUAUCCCGGAGAGUGAGCAGCAGAAGAAGAGAAAAAGAGGCUGUUUGAAUAGCCUGAUUAGCUUGGUAACCUGGUAUCAAGAUCACAGUAGCCACUGCUCCCAUGAACCUAGUCUGUCUGAGCUUGACACAAGUCAUUUCCUGUAUGUCACUGCAGUGUGGCAAUGCCAGGCUGGGCAUCACUUUUUCCAGGAUCUUCAGUGUCCACUCAAGAAGCUGAAUCAGCAAGGAUUUGACGAUGGAGUCAGUUCAGAUGAUUCUUCUACCGGUUCUCCCCUAGUAGAGCACACUUCCAAUACCUGCUCCUCAACGGAGCAAACCGUUCACACGCUGUACCCUCACUCCAGUGAGAACUUAAAUGGAGAUGAGGCUCAGUGUGCAGAUGAAUCUGAGACUGUGGUGUGUGUCCCCAUGGGACCAGUAACUGAGGAGCUCUUUGAAGGGGUGACCCAAGAGACCCUAGGACAAGUUGUAGCUGCGAGUUGUCCCUCCCAGGUCAUCAUCAUUGCUGGACCCGGCUACGAGGCCUUGACAGCAGAGGGAAUCCAGCUGGAUGUGACAGGAGGAAGUGCUGGGGAGGAGGGAACCUGCACAACACUUGAGGCAAUGUCCGCUUAUACUCAGACUGAGAUCAUGGACCCGGAAAUGGAGCAGCACAUGGCUGAUACUGUAACAGAGGAGGACCCACUUUAUGGUCUGCAGAGAAUGGAACCCGAAAGCCAGGGGGAAUGUGACGGUGACCUUGUUCAAAGUCAGUCUGAACCACUUUCCACAGAAGUCCAGGAAUACGGGACAAACUCAACACAAGCUGUUCCUAAGGAGCCUGAGAAGAGGAAGAGUCGACGUUGCAGGGCCCUGAAUGGUGAUGGAGUGUUAGAGAUGUUCCACUGUCCAUAUGAAGGCUGCACACAGGUCUAUACAGCACUUAACAGUUUCCAGAAUCAUGUGAAUCUGGUUCACAGAAAAGGCAAAACCAAGGUGUGUCCUGAACCUGGCUGUGGAAAGCGAUUCUACCUGUCUAAUCACCUCCGCCGUCACAUGAUCAUACAUACAGGUGUUCGUGAAUUUAUCUGUGAAACCUGCGGUAAGUCAUUUAAAAGGAAAAGUCAUCUCGAAGUCCACAGAAGAACACACACUGGAGAGACACCAUUACAGUGCGAGGUUUGCGGCUUCCAAUGCAGGCAGCGGGCAUCUCUUAAUUGGCAUAUGAAGAAACACCAGGCUGAGGUUCAGUACAGUUUCUCCUGUGAACAUUGUGGUAAACUCUUUGAGAAGCAAGACAGCGUAAAGUUUCACAAACUAAAGAGCCACCCAGAGGGCAGGACAACAUAGAGGAUACAUGGAAUGUGGAGUGCGUAAUGCCCAUAAUAAAUUUUGUUAUACGGAGUUAUCGCCUGACUGCAUUGAAGUGAUACGACUACUACGGAGACCAGUGUGGGUAAAGGAGUGGAUUAUUUCACUACCACACCACUGUGAACACAUGGGACUGAGAACCUUAGUUGGUGAGCACCUGGGCACCAUAUGCUAAGAUGACUUUACUGAAAUUACUGUGGCGACUAACGGGUAUUUCUCCAGGUCAUGUGAAACUGAGAUGCUUUGCUUGACAAAAAUGAGACGUGCAGUUCAUAGCUGUAGACGUUAACAGCCAGUACAUAAGACCUUUUCCUCCCUUGCCUUCCUAAGAGUGUCCGUAUUUUAUCAUUAUUUAUUUAUAGUGGAACUUCCUGUUUUAAGGAAUUCAUUCUUUCUAAUGGCAAACAGUGUGCCCUGGAGGUUGAAAUUGUGUAGAUUUUAGCCAUUCCUUGUGGAAAGUGAUCUGACCACUGCUAUUUUAAAUUUCCGGUCACCCUAUAUGAUCCCGUUUUACAAUUCAAGGGGUUUUUAUU